AUAGAUUACCCAGUCUGUCGUGCAGGGAGAUCGCUUAACUAUAUCUGGUUAUCCAGAGAAGUUACUGCUGAAGCUUCUCAUUGACAGGAACAAAAUGGCCGAGCAUAAUCCCGCAACGGCGCUCUCCGCCAAGGUGGAUAAGAAGCGGAAGAGACAUGCUGAAGAGCAGUCGUCCAAGACAGACAAGGCUGAUGGCGCUACUGCUACUACGGUGGGAAAUGCCUCGUCAGAUGGGUCGAACAAGAAGAGGAAGAAGAAUAAGGACAAGUAUAACAAGAACAAGGGAAAGAAGGACAAAUCAGAGAAUAAAGACAAGCAGGAUAAGCCCGCAAAGCCUGCAGAACCCCCUAAGGAGAGAGAGGGCAAGGACGGUAUCAAUGAGUCUAUUCGCAUGAUGGAUGGAGCGCUGUUGGCAGAUCACUUUGCGCAGAGGACUAAGAAAUUUAAUAAGGAGAUGACUCCUGUGGAGUUGAAUGAUCUACAUGUUCCAGAACAAGCUUUCCUCGACACGACAUCAUUCGAAUCGAGAAAACUGGAAAGCCUCCCUGAGUUUUUGAAGACGUUCAAAGGAAAGGAUGAAGAUCUCGCCAAGGCAUCGGAAGAGAAGGGUUCCCCGCAUACUCUUGUAGUGGCUGCUGCGGGACUUCGAGCUGCUGAUCUCGUCAGGGCUCUACGGCCAUUCCAGAACAAGGAAUCUAUGGUCGGUAAGCUUUUCGCAAAGCACAUCAAGCUGGAUGAAGCCAAACAGUUUUGUGAAAGAGCAAGAAUGGGCUUUGGUGUGGGAACACCCGUGCGGUUGAUCGACCUGAUUGACUCCGGAGCCCUCAAACUUACAGAAGUGAAGCGUAUCGUGAUCGAUGCUUCGCACAUCGACCAGAAACAGCGCGGCAUCUUCGACAUGAAAGAAAUCUAUCUCCCAUUACUGAAACUCCUCACGAAACCUGAACUCCGUGAGCGGUAUGGGGCGAAAAAAGCCAAGAUUCAGAUUUUGGCGUUUUAGAGCAUGCAUGAGCUCUUUUUUUUUUUUGAACGUUACUUGGAGAUCGGAGGAGCAUCUGUCUACAUACUUAAAAGUUAUGGGAAUGGCGUCGAUAGCAUUUUGUUUCAUGGACAGUUUAGAACUUGAUUCCGCGGGAUUGCAUAGCUGAAUCGAAUUUACCCGAACGUGCAUAUAUAUAAAUGUUUCAUCUAUCAUUAUUCCAGG